AUGGGAAGAGGAAAGAUAGCAAUAACUAGGAUUGAGAACCGCACAGCCAGGCAAGUCACAUUUUCCAAACGCAGAGGAGGGCUUUUCAAGAAGACCCAUGAGCUCUCUGUGCUCUGUGAUGCUGAAAUAGGACUCAUCAUCUUCUCGAGCAAUGGGAAGCUUUAUGAAUUCUGCAAUGAGUCGUCCAGCAUACCACACAUCAUCAGAAGGUAUGAGAUUUCGAAAGGAAUGCGUGUUCUAGAAAGCAAUGACUGGGAACAAAUUCAGAAGGAAUCGAAAAGAAUCAGGAAAGAGACGGAUGAUCUUCAGUUGAGUGUUCGAUGCUACAAAGGCGAAAACCUGAGUUCCUUGCACCAUGAGGGUUUGGUCGAACUUGAAAAGCAGCUAGAGUGCUCGGUUAACAAGGUUCGAGCUCAGAAGCUUGAGCUUUUGCAACAGCAGGUGGACAAUCUGCGAAGAAAGCAUCAUGUUACCAUGUUGGAGCAACAACAGGCAGCUGCAGCAAUGGUGAAGCCAAUGGAACAGCAACGAAUGCUCGAGCAGUUUCAGUUUUCUGAUGAAGAUCAGCCAAUUAGUAGUCUACUUCAGCUUGCUCCACUCCCUCCACAGUUCCAACCUUACCGUGUCCAGCCUACACAGCCUAACCUUCAAGAUUUCAGUCUCUCCAUCCCUGAUCCCUCCAAUUAUAUAUGGUAA